AUGGUAGAAUGUCACUACAUACUACACAUUGAACCUCUAGUGCAGGACAUUGAUUCACUGUUGGUCUUGUUUCCUGGUUGUUUGUCUCCGCUCCAGGUGCCUGAGUUUGCAACAUGGGAACCAGUACCAGAGGACCAACUACCCCCGCCCACACGAAUCCCUGCAGAUCUCGUGGACAAACUGGAGCGACUGGCCUUGGUGGAUUUCCGGACCAAAGAGGGUCUGGCCUGUUUGGAGAAAGCGAUACGGUUUGCAGAUCAGCUUCAUGUGGUUGACACGUCGGGGAUUGAGCCCAUGGAUUCAGUCCUGGAGGACAGGGCUCUAUACCUGAGGAAUGACACAGUGAUGGAAGGGGACUGUGCUGAGGAACUGCUUCAGCUCUCCAAAAACACAGUGGAAGAGUAUUUUGUGGCUCCACCAGGAAAUAUUCCUUUACCAACGCGAGAGGAGAGGGCCGAGUUACUGAAACACUCAGAGUUCUGAUAUUUGUGGUCUUUUCCUGGAUUUCAUUGACAUUGUUUUUUAAAUUUGGAGAAUGGAUGUGUCUUCCAAGAAUUGCAAUAUAUGAUCAAUUGACUAAGAAAAAGACUUGAACAGUGUUCUGCUUAUCUGCAGCCAAUAACAGCUAUCAAAAAGCUUUAUCAGAUAUAUAUAUAGUACAGUGCAUGUUCUGGAACAGGAAAAAUAAAAAGCUGCUGGUCACUUA